AUGGAAGAGAUAGAGAACGACUUUGCGCAAUUGAUAGGGCCUAAUGACGACGGAUUCGUCAUCCGCCUUUUGAGCUUAAAAGGGAGAAUUUUAGGGCAAAUUGGCAAUUUCAAACAGGAAGAGGAUCAAUAUAGGAUUUGCUUGCAGAAGUGUCUGACUAUCUUCACGCCCAGACAUGAAAAUACUUUGGAAGCUAUGUACAGACUUUCUAAACCUCAUCGGUACUACGGUCAAAAGAAGCAGAGCGAAGAACUUUUGAGGAUUGUUUUGCAACUCGGAGAGAGGAGCUCGAUUACAACAAACGAGGCAACGUCGAAAUUGUCACGUUUGAUGAGUGAACAAGGUCAGCACGAAGAAGCCAUCUCGCUGUCGAGAUUAGCAAUGAAGGAUGCCGAACAGAAUUCUGAAUUUAAGUCCGCAAUUCUUCAGUCAGUUACUCGGAAAGGGUUUGAGUGCAUUAUCAGUAGCUUUCUUAAACAAGGCAAAGUACAAGAAAUUAUAG